GACAGGCUAUGGCAUCCAACAGUCUCUUCAGCUCUGUGACCCCAUGUCAGCAGAGUUUCUUCUGGGAUCCCAGCACGAGCCGCAGGUUCAGUCCCCCAUCCAGCAGUCUUCAGCCGGUCCCGGGGAAAAUGAGUGAUGUGAAUACAACUACAGGGCAGCAAGACACGACCCCGGCUGUGCCGAGACUUCGGGCGCACGAUAACCGCACCAUGGUGGAAAUCAUCGCUGAUCACCCGGCCGAACUCGUCCGAACUGACAGCCCGAAUUUCCUUUGCUCAAUCCUUCCGUCUCAUUGGAGGUGUAAUAAAACUCUACCCGUCGCUUUCAAGGUAGUGGCACUCGGAGAGGUGCCUGAUGGGACAGUCGUCACAGUGAUGGCGGGAAAUGACGAGAACUAUUCGGCGGAGCUUCGGAAUGCCUCUGCUGUGAUGAAGAAUCAGGUGGCCCGCUUCAACGACCUGAGGUUCGUGGGAAGAAGCGGAAGAGGUAAGAGCUUCACUUUGACCAUCACUGUGUUCUCCAACCCGCCCCAGGUGGCCACGUACCACCGUGCCAUAAAGGUGACCGUGGAUGGACCGCGUGAACCGCGACGACACAGGCAGAAGCUGGAGGAUGUGCCGAAGUCCGGCCUGUUCUCAGAACGCCUGAGCGAGCUGGAGCGCCUCCGUCAGACCACCAUGAGGGUCACCGUGCCAACGCAGAGCCCCCGCUCCUCACUCGGCACAGGGGCCACCUCCUUCACCUCGCAGGGGCAGACGCAGAUAUCGGACCCCCGGCAGUCCCAGUCCCCUCCCCCCUGGUCCUACGAGCAGCCCUACACUCCCUACCUGAGCCAGGUGACACCCCCUGCCAUACACUCCACCACGCCCCUCUCCUCUACCCGAGCAACUGGGCUGCCCACCAUCAGCGACAUGCCACGGAGGCUCACAGGUACCUCUGACCUGAGCCCAUUCUCAGACCCGCGGCAAUUUGAGCGCCAGUUCCCCAGCCUGUCCUCACUCACUGAGAGUCGCUUCUCCAAUCCCAGAAUGCACUACCCCGGAACCUUCACCUACACACCCACUCCCGUCACCUCAGGCAUGUCCCUGGGCGUGUCCUCUCCCAGCCAUUACCAUACCUACCUGCCUCCGCCCUACCCUGGCUCCACCCAAAACCAGAGUGGUCCCUUCCAGACCAGCAGCACACCCUAUCUUUACUACGGUGCCUCCUCUGGGUCGUACCAGUUCUCCAUGGUGCCAGGGGGAGAUCGUUCGCCCUCCCGGAUGCUCCCUCCUUGCACUAGUGUCUCCACAGGUAGCUCCAUCAUCAAUCCCACCCUUCCCAGCCAGGCUGAGGUGACAGAGACGGACGGCAGUCACAGCAGCUCACCGACAGUGCUCAACUCCAGUGGGCGAAUGGAUGAAUCUGUAUGGCGACCAUAUUGAAUCUGACCACACGAAAAGGAGACAGAAUCAACACAUAAUGGACUACAUGGUAUUAACACAGAGCCUACUGCCUUCGACAAGAAUAAGAGUGGUCAGAUGCGAGAAUCAAUCAUUACCUUAGUUUAUGUUUUGUUUUUUUAAAAGCACAAACCGUCGUAAGGAAUACAAAUAAUUCACUUUGCCAGAAACUUGUAUCUUUAAUUUUUUACAUCUCUAAAGUGAGCAUAAUCAGGGCUGGUGUUAGAGUGGCUUUCCCAGUAACAAACUGUGUAACAGUCUGGGGAGUGAUCUCAGAGCAGGAGCACAGAGCCAUUACUCUGAUGUAUCUCACUGAUCAGCAAAAAUAAGAGCUUCCAACACAUUGAACAUUUUAUGUGGCCAUUUGCUUAGUAUCUUUCUUCUAUAUGAACUGAAUUCAGUUCUGCAGUUUUAACACUGAAUGUCCACAGUGCGAUCCUGCUCUGUCUAU